AGUCUUUUCGGGAUGACCAGUGUUCAAAAUCGAACGUACCUUUCGCUGAUGUAGAAGAGAAAAGCUCGUGAUUGGUCGAGUGGACCGGAAGCGGUAUCGAAAAGCAGGAAGUAAAUGAAUUUGUCAAUGUGACCAGGUUUUGGAGAUUUCGCUACUUUUAAUGCUUUGUAGAGAAACUUUAUAGACAUUUUUUCGUAAAUAUGGCUUGUUUUUUUAGAAGAACAAUUGCAGCGAAGCUCGGGCGGACGCUGCAGCACCCCGAGGAUGUAUUUAUUCCAGCUAUAACCGCCACGCCCGUUCUGAAGAAACAACAGUCUCCCGACUUCCGGCUGUCAGUCAGCACGUUACGGAUCGACGGGAUCCUGCCAUCGAAUGAAGACAUUCAGCUGCAAACAGAAAACCUGGCUAAUCAGCUGAAACGAGACGUCGUGGUGGAAGAAAUCUCUGCUGAAAAAGGAGUAAUCCACUUUCAUGUGAACCGUGAGCUUUUAGCAGAGAAAGUGUUGGAGCCAUUCAAAAACGGGGCGGAUGACAAGUACGGGUUAAACAGCGAUCUUUUGACUCCCCUGAAGAGAGGAACCACUUUAGUGGAGUUCAGCUCUCCAAAUAUUGCCAAAAAAUUCCACGCUGGACACUUGCGCUCCACAAUUAUUGGAAACUUUGUGGCUAACUUAAAAGAAUCCCUGGGAAACUCUGUGAUCCGGAUGAACUACCUUGGAGACUGGGGCAUGCAGUUUGGGUUACUUGGAGCCGGAUUUGAGAAGUUUGGAUGCAUUGAAAAAUUAAAAGAGAAUCCUCUUCAACAUUUGUUUGAGGUUUAUGUCCGAGUCAACAAGGAAGUGGAGCAAAACGAGGCUUUGAUGCAGGCCGCCAGAGACUUCUUUAGACAGCUGGAGCAGCACGACGACGAGGCGGUGUCGCUAUGGCAACAGUUCAGAGAGAUCACGGUCCAGGAGUAUCAGCACGUUUACAAGCGGUUGGGGGUUCACUUUGACGUGUACAGCGGGGAGUCGUUUCACCGAGACCAAGCCCAGACGGUGGUGCGGCAGCUGCAGGACCGAGGGCUGCUGGGAACCUCAGCAAAGGGGAUGGGGGUCGUGGACCUCUCUCCUGAUGGAGACAUGAGUAACGUCUGCACCGUUCUCCGCAGUGACGGCACCACGCUCUACAUCACCAGAGAUCUCGCUGCUGCCAUAAACCGACAAGAGAAAUAUUCCUUUGAUGAAAUGAUUUAUGUGACAGACAAAAGUCAAGCAAAUCACUUCCGCCAGUUGUUCCAGAUCCUGCUCGCCAUGGGACAUCCGUGGGCUGACAGGUGUCGGCACCUACCGUUUGGUCUCGUCCGGGGCAUGAAGACCAGGACGGGCGACGUGGUGUUCCUGGAGGACGUGCUGGACGAGGCCCGGGCCAGAAUGCUCCACAACAUGAGCCAGUCGCACACGACGAAGGAGCUGGAGAAUCCGGAAGACACGGCGGAAAAAGUGGGAAUCUGUGCUCUUAUAGUCCAGGAUUUCAAAGGUCCGCUGCAGUCCGACUAUAAGUUCGAUUGGGCGCAGAUGCUGCAGGCUCAGGGUGACACCGGCGUCUUCCUUCAGUACACGCACGCCCGACUCUGCAGUUUAUUGAGGACAAAUAAAGGAGUGGACGAAGGGGAAUUCAAUCCUUCCCUUUUACGAGAGACGUCGAGCAUCAACAUCCUGCAGCACCUCCUUCGUUACGAUGAGGUGCUGCUGCAGUCGGCGCAGGAUCUGCAGCCCAAACACCUGGUGAACUUUUUAAUCAAGCUGAGCCACUUCAUCGCUUCAGCACACAGAGAUCUGCCGGUGAAAGGAAGCCCCCCAGACGUUGCCCAGACAAGGUUGCGCCUCUUCAGGGGGGCCUGCUCCGUUUUAGCCAAUGGGAUGAGGAUCCUCGGCGUCACACCAGUACAAAAAAUGUGAAUGUCUUUUACAACCGUUUCAUAUUUGUAAAUAUUUUCAAAAUAAAAGCAACUUCUCUCUUUGAGAGCAGCUUAAAGCAAAUUAUUAAAGAACUUCAGGAGUAAAAUAUUAAAUACAACUAACCAAUUCUGACACCUGGAAGUCAAAUAUGUUCCUGUUGGUUGAUCCGUUUACGUGCAAACAUUUUCUGACUGCUCAAACUGACAUACCAAACAUACAUACAGACCGGUCCAUCUGGAAGACAGGAACUCAGCGGGGCAUGAAGCUAAGAUGCAGGUUACUUCAGGGGAAGCGGAUCUGCAGGUUGUUGUCAUGGUGACAUGUGUCCUUUGAUGCUUCCAGGACUUUCCAUUAUAUUUUGGAAGUGAAGCUAAAACCCAACAUGUCCAGAUUAAAACGGUCUACAGUUCUAAGGUGAUGAUAGUCUGGAUUGGAACCUCAAAGUAUGUGACCUGGUCCUAAAAUAGCCACAAAGUGUAGGAAAAUAAUGGCACAGUACAUUUAAAUCUGUCCGUUUGGAUGCUUUCAAAGUAAGAGCUUCUUUACUCCUUUUUUAAGGUGAAUUCCAUGAAGUGGCAGAUUGGUGCGGAAUAUUUACAAACUUUACACGCACCGUUCUAGCCUUCAGCUGACCAAAAAAAAAAA